AGUAGGUCCCUAAGCUUCUCCUGGUAAACAGAGACGUCAGCGAGAAGUUUUGUGGUGUUCAAAACAAAAGGGAAAGUGACACUUACCGUGUGUUACUGGCACCUAAGUACAUAGAGCGGAAGGAAUCGCAUUCAGAGUUCGCCAAAUCAGAAAAUCUGUCUGUGAAACCUACCAUAUCCGCACCAACCGGAGUAGUGGCCCGUUGUAUAUACAUACUCCUGCUGGAGGUGAUGGAUAGCACGGGGUGAUCGGGAGCGGAAGCACUUAUACUACCUGUUCAGUCUGUACUUGUGUGUAAUAACUAUAUUACUAUUAGGAUCUUGGACUUUAGCAUAAUAUAUCCUCCCAUACAAGAGGACCCGAAGUGACAGUAGUCUGAGGAGCAUUCUUAGUCAUGGAGGGUACAGAGCCUCUUUCCUUGGAGAUUGAUCCAGAUUUUGAGCCUCAGCCAAGAGCGAGGUCCUGCACAUGGCCUCUUCCAAGGCCAGACCUGCCAGUGGUCCAACCACAAGCAUCUGCUGAAGAAAACCAUACAGAGGGCACUAACGUGCCCCGUCUCCUGCCCCCAGAAAAUGAGGAUAGGACUGUUGUUGAAGGGUUGACUGGAGCUGGUGUAACUCCCAGGAAGGGGGGAUCAAGGCGAAAUGCGUGGGGAAACCAGUCGUAUGCAGAGCUUAUCAGCCAAGCUAUAGAAAGUUCUCCUGAGAAACGCUUGACCCUGUCACAAAUCUAUGACUGGAUGGUGAAAUCCAUUCCCUUUUUCAAAGACAAGGGUGACAGCAACAGUUCUGCAGGGUGGAAGAAUUCCAUCCGCCAUAACCUCUCUCUGCACAGCAAGUUUAUCAAAGUUCACAAUGAGGCAACAGGUAAAAGUUCUUGGUGGAUGCUUAAUCCUGAGGGAGGGAAGAGUGGCAAAGCCCCACGCAGAAGAGCAGCCUCGAUGGACAACAGUAGCAGUAGCAAACUGAUCAAAGUGAGAAAUAAAGUGUCUAAGAAGAAACCAUCAGGUUCUGGUGAGCCACCUGUGGGGAGCCCAAUCUCUCAAACUCCAAAAUGGCCUGGUAGUCCUUCUUCACGCAGUUCUGAGGAUAAUGAUGUGUGGAACAGUUUCCGUCCCAGAACAGGAUCUAACGCAAGCAGUGCCCGUCUUUCCCCAAUUUUGCUAGAGCAAGAGGACCUGGCAGAUGAUGACCACCAUUCAUCUGUUGUCUUUUCGGGUAAUGUCCCCCCGACAGUCACUGAAGAGCUAGACCUAAUUGAUGGAAUCACAAUGUUGUCCUCUGGAUCUUCAAUGCUGCCUUCUGCCCAAACACUACUGCAGGGAACCUCCACAUUCUCCUUGCGUUCUACACAGUCGGCCCAUUAUAGUAAUUCUCUUUUUAGUCCAGUGGAACACUCCACAGCCAGGGCUUCUUCAACACAGUUUUCAAGACCUCCGACUCUGGAAGCUCUUCUGACUUCUGACUCUCCACCACCCAGCAAUGUAUUGAUGACCCAGAUGGAUCCAAUAUUAACACAGGGAGGAGGGCAAAAUCCCUUCCUUUUGAGUGACCAGAGCAAGAGCAGAACCACAGAGCAGACAACUUUGCCUAUCAAUACAUUCAUGCCUCACGCUAGUCUCUCAAUGCUAAGUCUUCCUCAGACUUCUUCAUUGCCUUGCUCUAAGCCGGCCAGCUUUGUUGGGACUUCUGAACAUCUCCCCAUAGACCUGGAUAUGGAUAUGAUCCUUGAAAACCUGGAGUGUGAUAUGGAUUCUAUUAUCACGCAUGAGCUGAUGGAUGGUGGUGGCCUGGAUUUCAACUUUGAAUUCUCAAUUCCUGGCACCAACCCAGGCAACAAUCAUAGCUGGGUGCCCAGCUAGACACAGAUACAACUUGAGGUUCUCAUCAGCCUUGUAAUACUGAGAACCAUGUUCUUCACAACCUGCUAAUAUGCAGCACCAUGCUCAUCUCGGACUGCUGACACGCACCGUUUGUCCUGCUCAGUCUACAACCAAAUCAUACAGUUCUCUGCCCCUACUUGGCUCUGCAUGUGGGGCUAGAAAGAAGAGUUCAACAUUGCAAAAAUAGUGGAGAAAUACAUGUUUUGCUAAUACCCAAUAGUUGUUUUGUAACUCCCAAGCAUUGCUCUUUUACAGCGUGAGUUGUAUUUUUGAAACCAGAAAAAAAUCAACUUAAACAAGGAAAGAAUCAACACUGAAAAAAAGAUUACACACAUCAAUCACUUACAAAUAGGACAAGUGCUUACAAGUAGAGUCCUGGCCUCCCCCCAGAGAAAUGAACUUCUUUACUUCCUAAAGCUAGCACAAUGGGAUUAGACCAUUCAAGAUGUGAUAAGCAGGGGGUUAUUGUGUCCUGAUGUUAAGUUCUAAGAAAUAAUCAGCUGCUCCACCCA